GUCUCCCUGGAAACCGCGGCAGAGUGAGACCUCUUCGCUUUGCUCCACUGUCUCUGCAGUGUUUUAGGAAACGUGGCCUUAACAGCAGCAGCAUCUGUACAUGAAUGAGAAACACACAGCGGCUCCAGUCUCCUCCUCUGCCCGUCUGCCAGUCAGCCCUGCCCGCGGUCCCGCCUGAAGAAGCCCGUCUCUGAAGAGAACCAUGUCCGAGACAGAACCGGUCCCGGUCGCGGCCGCGGAGGCCCUGAACCUCACCGACUCCAACGGGACCCAGGCGCUCAACGCUUCGGCUAAAUUCGUGGCGACUCCGGAGGGCACGGCGCUGGCAUACGGCAGCCUGGUGUUCAUGGCGCUGCUGCCCAUCUUCUUCGGAGCCCUGCGGUCCGUCACUUGCUCCAAAUCUAAGGAGCUCGGAGAAAAUGAUUACGAUUCUGGGUUCAGAAAUGCAUCAGACAUGCCAGAAACGAUCACCGGUCGAGACGCGGCGAGGUUUCCCAUUAUCGCCAGCUGCACUCUGUUUGGGCUCUACCUCUUCUUCAAGGUAUUUUCUCAAGAGUACAUCAACCUGCUGCUGUCGGUCUACUUCUUUGGCCUGGGCGUCCUGGCUCUGUCCCACACUAUGAGUCCUCUGAUGUCCAGAAUCUUUCCAGAUUCUUUCUCAAACAAACAGUACCAGCUGCUCUUCACUCAGGGCGCUGAAGAGACCAAAGAAGAAAUAGUCAACUACGAGUUUGACACCAAGAACCUGGUGUGUCUGCUCAUCAGCAGCGUGGUGGGGGUCUGGUACCUGCUCAAGAAGCACUGGAUAGCCAAUAACCUGUUUGGCCUGGCGUUUGCCCUGAACGGCGUGGAGCUGCUCCACCUGAACAACGUCAGCACCGGCUGCAUCCUGCUGGGGGGGCUGUUCGUCUACGACGUCUUCUGGGUGUUUGGGACCAACGUCAUGGUAACGGUUGCCAAGUCCUUUGAAGCCCCAAUCAAAUUGGUGUUUCCCCAGGACUUGUUGGAGCGAGGACUUGAAGCCAGUAACUUUGCCAUGCUGGGUCUGGGAGACAUCGUCAUCCCCGGUAUCUUCAUCGCCCUGCUGCUGCGCUUCGACGUCAGCCUGAAGAAGAACAGCCGAACGUAUUUCUACUCCAGUUUCCUGGCCUACAUCUUCGGACUGGGCCUCACCAUCUUCAUCAUGCACACCUUCAAACACGCACAGGUACGAGACAGGGGCUCCUAAACAUGGAGGCAUAUG